AUGGAUGAAAGGAAAACCGCCGUCCAGCCUGCCCGGGCCAAAACUCGCCGGGUCCCAGCGGACGGCAUCGUUGGACGCUUGACAUACACGCCGGCCCAAGGUGAUGAGUGCAUCGGCCAGAUAGGGAGAAACCGAGCAAAGGAUGAGACCCCUCGCUUCAAGCAGAUAACGCCCUUCACGCAAUGGUGUGCUCCGGCGAAGGCUCCAACCUCCCAGCUCAGUGAUUUGCGCCCUACCCAAGCUGCGAGAUCCCAAAACUACUGGCUGUCGGAACACCUCCCAGAUGCUUCCAUUGUUGACGAGGGCAUCGAGUCUCUUCUUCUAGAAGAGAUCGCGGCUUCUCAGGUGAAAACAGAGCCUGCACUCGGCGAGACAACACCACUAUUCUCGGUCGGAGAAAUAACCGACUUAAGGCAGGGCGACUCAGCAAAGGCUCAUCCGGUGUUAGCCGUUGCUUCCGGCAUUUCUGGAAAUACCCUGCGCCUGAUCAGCCUCGCCCGCGAGGAAUGGAUCUGGUCCACAGCAGACAUCAAAGUGCGCCUUCAUGCCGCAGACACUAAACUCGAGGGCGAGUGGUACCAGGAUGGGGAACCAAUCUCCUUGGUUAAGUUCGCCGUUGACCCAAGAAAAUACGACCCUAUCAGAUGGCUGCUUGUCUCCAAUGGUACAUCGACUGCUGUGUAUGAACCCGAGCUCCGGACGAUACCCAUGCCGGUUGCCAGGGCCUCAAUGGAGUUUUCGGGCCAACCCGUUGGUAGCCAGAUUUUUGGCAACCCCCUCCUCACCAUAUCCUGUGAGCGCACCGGCGGGAGUUUGCAGGCGGAUGUCUGCUUCGUUCGGCACCCUGAAGCGGACAUACCUCAGUUAGCCACCAUUGACCAGGCUGGAUACUGGAGCGUGUGGGAGAUCAUAGGUCGCCGAAAUGUACGGCCGAAGAUUCUGACACCGGUCAUGAGAAUGUGCGGGAACAUUAUAUCGGGAUACAUUCCGAAGCUGCCUUCGAGCUCCGUGACGGAGUCGCAGCCGCACAAACUCUUGUGGUUAUCCUUUGGUCAAAGAUAUCGAAGGCCGCCCAGACGAUCGGUCAGCCGCGCAAGUAGCCCGCCCGAACAGUCCCGCAUGUCCGUUGAGCCCGAAUCACAGCCUCCACGAAGACUCCUCUUGCUGUGCAACCCCAGAACCCUACAUUUGUUCGACUUGCAUACUCGAGAAUCACACCCAGUCUCACACCUAGUGUUGCAAAAGGACAGCCACCGCAUCCUCGACGUAGCGCCCUCACGACUGGACCCUGCACAAGCAUUCAUUCUCACCAGCACCGACCUCCUAUGGGUGACGGUAAAAGAGGGCAAAAACGACACCUUAACCCUCGAGAUCCUCAUAUCCUGCCCGCACCAAAAGGACGCCAGCGACCCAACACUCCGCCUGGACGUCUCGCCCGGCGCCUACAUCAAUGAUCUUAGGGCCUGCUUCGCGUGUGUCCGCUCCACUAGGAACACCGAAAUGACCGUCUUCUGGUUUAUCAACCCAAAGCCGGGCACGCCCGUCCGAUACCACCGCGACCUCCUCUCUCUCCAGAGCCCGCCAAGUUUUGUCGGCUUGAACAUCCUCCCCGCUGGCCGCCGGGUGGGCAGCGACGAGCCAACGACGGAAGCGGGCCGCGCGAUGCGGCGGGCGCGGCUGCGCUUCUUUCAACUGCUCACCCUCGGCCAGAAUCUGGACGUGCACAGCGCGCUGUGUGCUUGGUCCGAUAAUGCUGGACUGUCUAUCUUGCCGCCCGAUACGAGGGAGAGGCUUGGGGAGGGCGGCAACAGGCGGCUGAGGCUGUUGCAGGAUUUGACGGAAGCGUUUGCGGUGCCGGAUGAGUUUGACGAGCGUGCUGUGUUUGGAAAGAAGGGGGCUGAGGGUUUGGCGUUGGAAAAGUUGAGGGCUGGGAUUCAGCUGCGUGUCGAUUUUAGGCUCGUCGCUCAGCGGCUGUCUGCCGGAGACCCGGCCGAUAUGGAUCGCUAUGGGACAUCGUCUCAAAUGGGUGGCGUGGGCUUUGGUUUUAUCGAGGACGCGAUGGCGCGGGCAAAGGAAGACGAUUACGUGCCGCGGCAUUCAUUGUUGGAUUUGGCGGUAUCCCGGGGGGCAGGUGCCGAUCUUCUUCAACUGGCUCGAGAAUGGGAUGCACAGCAGGACGCAUUGCAUCGGCGCGCCGGCGAGUGGACCUUUGUACCAGAAGCACGUCGUCCGCUCAUUGAUUUCGGGCCCGACGACCUUGUCGAAAGAUUGCGAGACUUGUUCCUCGAACCCAAUGGAGAAGACCCCUCCCACCAAAGCCGGGUGGAAGUUCUACAGAACAUGGCAGCCGAGAUGUUCCUCAGCAACAUCGGCGUCUCGGCGUUACCUGAGUCUUGGACGACCGCCGACAGCCAACUGUCGAGCUCCCUGCCCUUCCCUAGCUCACCCUCCUUAAUGCCCUCCCAGCCGUCAUUACCAAGCUUCGUCAAGAGCAAAGGGAAAGGGAAAGAGAAAAUCAAAGCCGAAAUGCUGCAACAAGAAGACGACGCCGUAGUUCUCCGUCUGCGCAAGUACGCCACGCUGGACACCUCUCCAACCAUACACGGCGAGCCCAUCCUCGCCCUCUCCCGCUGGGACCUGGGCGCCGACCCGAGUGACAUCACUUGGAAACCCGGACAAGACCUCGAAGCCGAGGAGGCCAUCAACCGGCGCCGGCGCAAGAUCGAGUCCCGGCGGCGGAAAGCGGAGCGGCUGUCCCAGCGCAUCUUUGGCGAUGAUUCCAUGCUGAUGGAUUCGUCCUCACAGUCCUUUGGUGGUCCCUCGACGCAGCCGUUGCCGAUGAUUUUGUCGACGGGGGCGAGCGGUAGUAGUGUGCGCCAGAGUCAGAGCCAGAGUCAAAGCCAGAGCCAGAGCCAGGAUCAGCAAACGCCACGACGGGCGUGGGAUUUCUCGUCGCAGCAGCAGCAAACGGGGGCGUUUGGCUCGCCGAGAGUGUUUGUUGGCUCGCCCCUUAGAAGGGAAUAUCGGCGGGACUCGGGGAUGACGAGAGGGGGAAUAUUCUCGUCGCAGCUGCCACCGCCGGAGCAGGGCCCGUCACAGGGUACGCCGUCACAGUCCAGGUCGCAGGCGCUACCGGGCUUGUUUGGCGCGCGGCCGUCGUUCUCGCCGUUUAAGAAGAGUCCGUUGAAGAAGAUGAAGAGGAAGAGUGAGCUGCGGUUGAGUGGGUUUAGGUAG